UCUUAUUGUUCGGAGUACAUCUGGAUUUUACUCUAAAUAACGCCAUUUUGUGAUGAGAUGUCAAACCUAAAUGUUUUGAAAAUGAGAACGGUUUUGUUGACUGGGUUAAGUUUUGUUCUUACAGGAGCAGUAAUUGGAAAUGCAUACUACCAAAAGAAACAGUUUUAUCCUUCUGUUGUUUACAUUACCAAAUCGAACCCCAGUAUGGCUAUGUUGUAUAUUCAGGCCUUUGUCUUUGUUAUACUGAUGGGUAAACUGAUGAGGAAAGUAUUCUUUGGUCAGCUUAGACCUGCUGAAAUGGAGCAUCUGAUAGAGAGGUCAUGGUAUGCAGUAACAGAAACCUGUCUAGCCUUUACAGUAUUUAGAGAUGACUUUAGUCCCAGAUUUGUAGCUCUUUUUACAAUUCUUCUCUUUCUUAAAUGUUUUCAUUGGCUAGCAGAGGAUAGAAUAGACUAUAUGGAGAGAAGUCCUAUUAUUUCAUUGUUGUUUCAUUUGAGAGCAAUAACCUUAAUUACAUUGCUUGGAAUAUUAGAUCUGUAUUUUAUCAACCAUGCAUACUAUAGUACUCUGGUGAAAGGAGCUUCUGUCCAACUUGUGUUUGGAUUUGAGUAUGCUAUUCUUCUGACAGUGUUAUUUAUGGUGUUUGUGAAGUAUAUAUUACACACAUUAGAUGCACAGAAUGAAAAUCCAUGGGAAAAUAAAGCGGUUUAUUUGUUGUAUACAGAACUAGUAUUAGGUUUCAUUAAAGUUGUAUUGUAUUUGGCAUUUAUGAUGAUCAUGAUUAAAGUGCAUACUUUUCCAUUGUUUGCCAUUAGACCAAUGUAUUUAUCACUCAGGGGAUUUAAGAAAGCCUUACAUGAUGUGAUUAUGUCAAGGAGAGCCAUAAGAAACAUGAACACACUUUAUCCAGAUGCCACACCAGAGGAGCUACAAGCUGGAGAUCAUACUUGUAUUAUAUGUAGAGAGGACAUGCUUGAAUUCAGCAAGAAACUUCCAUGUAACCAUAUCUUCCAUACAAGCUGUUUACGGUCGUGGUUCCAAAGGCAACAGACAUGUCCAACAUGUAGAAUGGAUGUUCUACAAGCUCCAAGACCACAGCAAGUGCCACAAACACCACCACCACAACAACAACAGCCACCUCAACAACCACAAAUGCCACAAAACUUAUUUCAAGGAUUUGCCGGUAUGCCACCUAUACCAGGAUGGCCACCACAGCAACCUGUACAACAACCAGGUACAACAGGAGCAUCUACAACUGGCACCCCAGCUACACCAACCACACCUAACGCUCCAGGGAGUGGAACUCAUACAGUAUCAGCCACUGGAACACAUCCAUCAACAACAUGGCCCACAGCAGUACCAAAUAUGCCACCCUUCAUGCCACCAAUGUUUCCAUUUGUUAUGCCAUAUGGUGGUCAAGGAAUGCCUUUACCACCAACAAGACCUGAAGGUUUAACUGAUGAAGAAUUAAAAAAUAUGGAAGGCCAAGAGAGACAAAAUGUAGAAGCCAGAAUACAAUGGCUAAGAGAUAUUCAGUGCCUUUUAGAUGGUGCUAUGAUACUGAUACAACAAUACAACACAGUAGCAUCACAGUCUAGCAUACCUAAUAUAAAUUUAUCUGGUACACCCAGUAAUAAUACCCCAACAGACACAAAUAAAGCUUCUUCAUCUAGUAGGGAGAAGUCUAAAGAAGCAUCACCAGUAGUUAACAAUGAUAGAGAUUUAGUUAAAGAUUUAUCAGAAUUAGAAGGAGCUACAGGCUAUACUCCGCCUAUAGAAGAAAUGAUACCCACCUGGGAAGAUCCAACACAAGAAGAACAUGAGGAUGAACAGCAUGAAGUGCGAAGAAGACGAUUAGAAAAGUUUUCACACCCUAGUCCUGAUAAUCAUACUAUAAAAGAGAAGGCAGCCACAGACUAAAACAAUAGCUUUGACUAGCUUAAAUAUUAAUUCAUGCAUCCGGAACACACCUUGCCUGAAAUGACAAAAAAAAUCUAUCUUAAAAAACAAUUUUGCUAAUUUUAAGUUUGCAAAUGUUGAGUCCAACAAAAAUUAUUUGAAUUAUCAUUUUUUUCAGCAUUGGUAUUUUUAUACGACCGCAAAUUUUGAAAAAAAUUUCGUCGUAUAUUGCUAUCACGUUGGCGUCGUCGUCUGCGUCGUCGUCUGCGUCGUCGUCGUCGUAGUCGUCGUCCGAAUACUUUUAGUUUUCGCACUCUAACUUUAGUAAAAGUGAAUAUAAAUCUAUAAAAUUUUAUCACAAGGUUUAUGACCACAAAAGGAAGGUUGGUAUUGAUUUUGGGGGUUUUGGUCCCAACAUUUUAGGAAUUAGGGGCCAAAAAGGGCCCAAAUAAGCAUUUUCUUGGUUUUCGCACUAUAACUUUAGUUUAAGUUAAUAGAAAUCUAUGAAAUUUUGACACAAGGUUUAUGACCACAAAAGAAAGGUUUGGAUUGAUUUUGGGAGUUUUGGUUUCAACAGUGUAGGAAUUAGGGGCCACAAAAGGGCCCAAAUAAGCAUUAUUCUUGGUUUUUGCACAAUUACUUUAGUUUAAGUAAAUAGAAAAUAAUGAAAUUUAAACACAAUGUUUAUGACUACAAAAGGAAGGUUGGUAUUGAUUUUGGGACUUAUGGUCACAACAGUUUAGGAAUUAGGGGCCAAAAAGGGACCCAAAUAAGCAUUUUUCUUGGUUUUCGCACCAUAACUUUAGUAUUAGUAAAUAGAAAUCUAUGAAAUUUAAACACAAGGUUUAUGACCAUAAAAGGAAGGUUGGUAAUGAUUUUGGGAGUUUUGGUCCCAACAAUUUAGGAAUAAGGGGCCCUAAGGGUCCAAAAUUAAACUUUGUUUGAUUUCAUCAAAAUUGAAUAAUUGGGGUUCUUUGAUAUGCCGAAUCUAACUGUGUAUGUAGAUUUUUAACUUUUGUCCCUUUUUCAAAUUGGUCUACAUUAAGGUCCAAAGGGUCCAAAAUUAAACUUCGUUUGAUUUAGACAAAAAAUUAAUCGUUUGGGUUCUUUGAUAUGCUGAAUCUAAAAAUGUACUUAGAUUCUUGAUUACGGCCCAGUUUUCAAGUUGGUCCAAAUCGGGGUCCUAAAUUAAACUUUGUUUGAUUUCAUCAAAAAUCGAAUAAAUGGGGUUCUUUGAUAUGCCAAAUCUAACUGUGUAUGUAGAUUCCUCAUUUUUGGUCUUGUUUUCAAAUUGGUCUACAUUAAAGUCUAAAGGGUCCAAAAUUAAACUUAGCUUGAUUUUAACAAAAAUUGAAAUCUUGGGGUUCUUUGAUAUGCUGAAUCCAAACAUGUACUUAGAUUUUUGAUUAUGGGCCCAGUUUUCAAGUUGGUCCAAAUCAGGAUCUAAAAUUAUUAUAUUAAGUUUUGUGCAAUAGCAAGUCUUUUCAAUUGCACAGUAUUGCGCAAUGGCAAGAAAUAUCUUAUUGCAAAAUAUUGUGAAAUAGCAAUUUUGUUUUUAAUUAGAGUUAUCUUUCUUUGUCCAGAAUAGUAAGCAAGAAAUAUCUAAUUGUAAGAAUUUUUUUAUUUGGAGUUAUCUUUCUUUGUCCAGAAUCAACUUAAAUCUUUGUUAUAUAUACAAUAUACAAUGUAUAUUCACUUUUUACUACCAACUGAUAAAUUAAAAUAAUCUUUACCAUUCAGUGAUAACAAGCAGUUUUUUUACAUCUUAAUAUUUUAUGCUGUAUUUAAAUGAGUAGUUAUUGUCGCAAACUCCAUUAGAAAUUUUAAUUGAGAUUAGUUUUGGAAUAAGGGAAAGGGGGAUGUGAUUAAAAAAAUUGGGUUCAAUUUUCUCAUUUGAAAUUUCAUAAAUAAAAAGAAAAUUUCUUCAAACAUUUUUUUGAGAGGAUUAAUAUUCAACAGCAUAGUGAAUUGCUCUAAGAGAAAACAAAAAUUUUAAGUUCAUUAGAACACAUUCAUUCUGUGUCAGAAACCUAUGCUGUGUCAACUAUUUAAUCACUAUCCAAAUUUAGAGCUGAAUCCAGCUUGAAUGUUGUGUCCAUACUUGCCCCAACCGUUCAGGGUUCAACCUCUGCGGUCGUAUAAAGCUAUGCCCUGCGGAGCAUCUGGUUUAAAAUGCAGACACUUUCUUGAUCUCUGUAAAUCCAAUUAGCAUGUUAUUUUUCUGUGUCAUGAAUGUUGCUUGGGCAUAUAGAUUUACCCUUGUUUGUACGUCUCUCUGGAAUAAGCAUUCAAUAUAAAAUAUGGAGAUGUGGCUUGAUUAACGAUGAUUCAACCAGCCAACAGGGUCCAAAUGAAAUGGAUUGAAGCAGUUAUAGGUCAUCUUAAAGCCUUUAACAAUAAGCAAAACUAUUCUGAGAUAACUGUAAAAUCAGCUAUGAUAAAAAAAAAAUGUAGGACUUAAUUUGAAACAACUCAAAUGAAAAAACCAAUGGCCUAAUUUAUGACAAAACAAGAAAUGAAAAACAGAUAUAGCACCAAAUCUCAAAAACCAUAGUUCACCAAAAUUCACCUUGGUAAUCUUAUUACAUAUUAGAAUUUUGUUUUAAAAAUAAUGAAGUCACCUCAUCUACAUUUAUUUGCAUGCUUGUAUAAUUAAUGUAUUUAUGAUAAUAACAUCUGCUAGAUCUUUGUGGAACAUGGUAGUAAUUUUAAUGAAAUAUUUUUUCCAUAAAAAUAUAUAGUGUCCACAAAUGAAUUUUAUACACAUGUUUAGGAGGGACUUAUUAUGAACUAAUCUCCCUCAAUUUGUCCUUUCAUCAAUUCAUUGUACAAUAACUUAAAUUUGCUUUCACCAAUUUUCAUGUACUGUGGAUUCAUUAUUAUUCGUUGGAUACCAAAUUAAUGAAUUUUCAUUGGAACAGAAAAAACACAAAUUUAGAAGUUCAUUGUAUUUUAAUUUGCUGUCUGAUUAUUUGCAGACCAAGAAAACCAAGAAAUCAAAUAUCCAUGAAAAUGCAAGUUUUCCUCAAUCCCUGAUAAUUGGUACCCACACAAAUAAAUGAAUCCACAGUAAUUUUAACACAAAAUUCAGUUUGACUGAAGUAAGCUCACUUUGAAUAUUAUAUCAGGCACAAAAUCAAGUAUGUUUAUAUUGAUUUCCUCUGCUCCUUUUAAAGUUUUCUGGCAUGGGUUUCUAGAGUUGCAGACUUUAGUGGUCUGAUUUAAGUAUAUUUUUCUCAUGUUGUAUCAUAACUUGAGUUUGAUUGGAUUGAUUUACUGACAACUGUUUCAAUUGAUUAAAAUAAUUUAGCAUUUUAUUUAAACAAAUUUCUGAUAAAUCAUUCCAGAGUUAUGGGACUUUGAUUGUUAGAUAAAUGAUAGGAAUUUUAAUAUUUCAUACACUGGCUCUAGUAUGCUUUGAACAAAUAACUACAAACUUCACACUAUGGUUGUACAAUUGCUUUAAAUUUUGAACAUUUACUAGUUUAUCAUGCUCAGUUUAUAUGUUGAAACGAAUUUUGUCAUUUUAUUUGUAAACAACUGUAUCUGUUUCAAUAUUUUAAACAUCAUCAUAUAUAGAAUUGUUGACUUCUGUAACCAUUGUCAUUAAUACUUGAUCUUUUUAACUAUAUUUUGCAUAGACAUAUACAUGCUUUAAAUUGAAUGUUCUUUGCUAUUCUGGUUUAUGUACCAGAGUGUCAAAAGGCUGUUUUUCUUUGUUUUAGGUAAGGUGUGUUCCAUUCUGUGUUACAAAUGUACUAUAGAAACCUAACAAAUCUAGUGCAAUUAAUGUAAGCACUCUUUGCCAAUUGCUGGUAGUUAAUGGUUUUCAUACUUAGCGUGAUUAUGGGGUUUUUUGUGGGUCUUAUCUGUUCCUAAGUAGCAUAUCAGGUGAAAUUUAAGUAUUGUCACUAUAAACUUCAAAUCUUUUAUUAUGAUUUCAUUUUAAUAGUAUCUGACAAUGAUAAAUAACAUUUCAAAAUUAUUUUUUGCAUUUCCUAUAAAAUCUCAUGUGCCUUGUAUGCCAUAUACUAGGGCAGAAUUGAUUUGAAGUAUUGGUUUCAAAAAUGCUAGCAAAACUAGUGCUACAUACAUUUUUCCUGUUAUGAUUUCUUUAAUCUUUUUAUUGUAUUACUCAGAAAAAAAUUAUGUAUAUUAUAUGAAGUAUCAUCGGGAUUUUUUAGUUAUUGUCUGAUUCUGCUUUUUGUUUAAUUCUCUCUCUCUCUCUCUCUCUCUCUCUCUCUCUUUAUAUAUAUAUAUAUAUACACAGACGUACUUAUGUAUAUAUAUAUAUAUAUUGGACAGUAUGCAGAGUAAUAAUACAUCCUUUACAUUUCACAUUUUUGGUUGAAACAUUUCGGAUAAUGAAGGUAAUUACUUUGAAGAAAUUAAGAAACAAAAGGUCAAAAUAAUAAUGUCUAAGAUGAAUGAGUUUCUGUUAUAUGCAAUUUGUUCCUGAUUUUUAAAAUUUAAUCUCCGUUUACACUCAUUUAGAUGUUCCUAAAAAUAUCAGAUCUCCAUUUCAUUCAUACUUUCUUCACCCAUACAUUGUACCAGUCUCUGAUCUUUGAGUGUUUAUGUAUAACUGAUCAUUGAGGUGCUAGCCAUUUAUCAUUCCAUUAUUGUAUGGAUGUGUGACUGUAUAUAUAGGCAUGUGUGUGCGUGUGUGAUAGAGGUCCAUUAAUUUUAUUCUAAUAUAUAUAAAGUUUGUUAUAAAUGAGAGAGUUUGUGUAUAGUUGUUUAUUUUAUAGACGACUUUGGCGUAUAUUUCUUAUGUCACAAUGUUUAUGUUGUUAUUUAAGAAUCAAUAGGUGUAACUCAUUCAUUUAAAAAAAUAGCUUGAGAUUGGUGUGUGGAAGUUAAUCGUGAUUUCAAAAUUACUCCAAAACAGUUUGAUAAAGAUGGUGUUUUACAUUGAUAAUGUUGUGGUGGAUUCAUUUAUAAAUAAAAGCCACAAUUUUUACCAAUUGAAUAACUUCGCUCUCAAAGUAGUUCUAUGAACCAAACAAACUGUAAUAUGUAAAAAAAAAAAAGCUUCAAGUUAUUAUUAUAUGAGUGAUUUGAUUGAAUGAUAUAUAUGGUAUUACCUGUAUUGUAAAGAUGAUGGUCAGGGCUUGUGAUCAUCUCAUUAUCAUCAUUAUGUUGGAUAUAUGAGGUAGUUUGUUGUGUCAGAUAAUUGAUGAAUGUAAAGCCAUGAUGAAAGUACAUUGCUGAAUAAAAGGAAAAUAUAGAUA